AAAACUUGUCAGAGUUGUUAGUUGUCUUAUUAGUCGGGAUGUAUACGUAUUUGUACAUUGAAGCCUUGUUUUAGAAAUGAAAUAUGUUACGUUGUUUACAACAUGCUGUGCAUUGGAACUUUCAUUUGACUAGAACGUCUCUGUCAUCCCGUUUCUUCUCGCAGUUAACAGGCAGACGAAAUUGGCUGGGAUGUACUUGUUUCUGUCCGCAUUUAUUGCACCAUAACCGACAGGUCCAGAGAUCGCACACCAAGGAAAGUGUAGGAGCAGCUAUUGAAGCUCCACCUGGAAAUUCUUCGUCCUUAAAAUCUUUGUAUCAGAGUGUGACACAAUCAUUAACUACAGACCAGAAUGAAACAAUCAGUCAGACAUCCGAUAUAUCUCUACGAUACAUUACUGUGCACUCCCUGUAUGACUUCUAUGAGGAGUGUCCUUAUGGAAUUUUGUUUGAUGUUUGCUAUGUAGAUUCACACCCUGAUGGGGUAGUGGGAAAGGACAUUAAAACGGUGGUUUUCUUACCAGGAUCCCCAGGGUCACAUUUGGAUGUGUUACCCCUAAUGAAACCGUUAGAAAGAGCUGGGUAUAGAGUCAUUGCAGUAAAUUUUCCAGGUUAUGGAAAUACUAACCCUUUUGUCAGGGCCCAUGAGUUCAUAUUUAGGGGAGCCACUGAUGAACGAUCAGACUUUGUGCUUCGAUUUCUCCAGGAGCUGAAUAUUGACAAGGUAGAUAUGUUGGUAGGUCAGGGGUCUGGAUGUUACCCUGCCCUGGAUCUGGCAGCCUCCCACACCUGGAUCAAAUCUCUUGGUCUUGUGUGCCCUGGGGGACACAGAGUUUUCAGAGGGAUCUCUCCAUAUAAACGUGUUCAGAGAAUGGCCAGUAUGUAUGAUAAUAAGUUGUUACGGUUUUUCCUGUUAUUACGAGUGAUGAUAGAUAAGUACAUACUUCGGAGACUUGGUACAAAGAAUGUCCCAUUGCUUCACAUCAUCAAAUCCACAGUUGAGGCAGCCAAUUACCAAUUUGAAAAUAUGGAGACCAAUGUAUUUGCCCUGACCAGUAGACAGGUACCUGUAACGUUUGUGUACUCGGGGCAGGACUCACUAGUGGAGGCUGACAUAUCAGAGGAACUCGCUCAGAAAAUGAACCUCCACCCCAAGGAAUUUGCCAAAGUAGACAGCAAUGAUAACUUUAUCUUCCCAGACAAAAAGAAAACUGUGAAAGGUCUUUAUAUAGAAUUGGGAAACCACAACCCAAUAAAAACUCAGAGACAUUGUGAUAUGAUUGCAUUGAUGUUACUAGAUGAACUGAAAAGGUCAACAAGGAGUCAGUCCUGAUACUAGGAAAAUUAAUUAAAAAUUUUUAAAUUUUUUUUGUAUGGCUGAAUGAAUUAAGAAUAUUUUCAUUAUUUAUGCAAACUACAAAAAUAAAUAUUAAAAACAAAA